AGGGAAAAGUCAGGAGCAGCCUGGAGCUUUUCCUCCUGAGAUGUCCCAGAAAAGGCUGUGCUGUCCUGGAGGGUGUGAGGAGUGCCAGGAAUUGAGGGGAAGGAGGAUGAGGUGUAUUAAACCUAAAUAAACAUACCUGGGAAGGAUCCCUUUGCUGCCCACCAUGAGCACAUGAGGCAGAUGAUGAGGAGCUUCUCCGAGCCUUUUGGGCGGGAUCCGUUCCUGAGCCUCCCGGAGGGAGGGGAGAGACCGGCGGAGAGGAGAGCGGGCGGCAGAGCCCAGCAGGACUCGCAGGUGGCCACGAGGGGCACCCGCAGGGCCACCAGCUUCUCCCUCAUGCCCUUUGCAGGUUUUGGGAGAGGGUGGGAUGCAGAUUUUGGGGAUCCAUUUUCUGCAAUGGACAGGAUGAUGUCAAACAUGAGGAACAGCAUGCUGGAAAUGCACAGGAAAUUUGAUGACCUGUCCAUCCAGCCUGAGGGACACAGUUUCAGCUCCUCCUCCAUGAUGACCUAUUCCAAAGUGGGGGAUGAACCUCCCAAAGUUUUCCAAGCCUCGGCCCAGACCCGCACGGCUCCGGGAGGGGUUAAGGAAACAAGAAAAGCACUGAAGGAUUCUGAAAGUGGCCUGGAGAAAAUAUCUAUUGGUCACCACAUCCAGGAUCGGGCUCAUGUCAUCAAAAAAUCCAAGAACUCCAAGACUGGGGAUGAAGAGAUGAACCAAGAAUUCAUCAACCUGGAUGAAUCUGAGGCUGACACCUUUAACGAGGAGUGGCAGAAGGAGAUCAUGAAGUUCAGGCCUUGCCGAAGCAGAGGAGCUGUGGAAGCUUCAGGAUCCAGAAGUGGCCAUUACAACGCCAGGGAAAGUGGAUCAAGAAGAGAGAAGCCACUUGGAGCUCCAGGAUCCAGAGUGCCCAGGGAUUCCUUGGAGGCUCUCAGCGUGAAAGGAACACACCUCCCCCUGAAGGGCUCCAGGAAAUAACUGUCCCCCCUCCCUGGGGAUGGAGGUUCCCUGGAGCAGAUGAUGGUGCUCAGUGCUCGUGUCCAUAAAAAUACACCCGGAUUUGUGACCAA